AUGGACGUCGAAAUAUACGAAACUACUGAAAGUACGAUCCCAUCAUUAUCAAAUGAUACACUGGUGAAAGUUGAACAUUGUUGGAAUUUUAAUGAUAGUUGUUAUCAAGAGAAGAACGAAAUCAAUGAAGAUGACGAUUCAUCUUCGUCCGAAGACGAAAACGACGGCCAUGUAUCUGACCAUCAUCGAGAGACACCAAUUUUUCAAAAUCUUGACUGCUGUGAUGUUCCUGAUUUCAUUUCUUCUAUGGAAGAAGGAUCAAUGAAUCGAUAUGAUCGUGAAAAGGCUCGUCAAAACAAAGAAAAAUUUCAAGCGAUUCGACGUGAUUUGGUUGAGAAAAAUCUCAUUUUACGACCAUCUUACCAAGGCAAUGGAUUUCAUUUGUAUACAAUUAAUGAAUUCCAACAAAAAGUAUCCCAUUUUAUGACACAAACAGACAUUUAUUCAUUCAUUAAAAAAUUAACGUAUCCUAAUGGGGAUGCUAGUCAACAAUAUUUAGCUACUAUCGUCGAUCAAGUAGAAACAACACUGGACAAUUUAUUUCAUUCCCAACAGAUUUCUAAAGUACAACAUUGGCGUAUGCGUAUCAAUCGAUCAUUUGUACGAAUGAAUUAUUUAUAUUUCGUCGCAGAUAUUCGAGAAGUAGGUGUUCGGUUUUCUUUUUUAAUUAUUUAUAUUGUAUUUGAUCAUAUUGAUACACAGGAUGACAAACCGAUUCGACCCAUCAUGGUAUGCAAUGAUGGACCUACGAUGGGUAUCGCUCCUUAUCUUGGUCAUCUACUUGGAUUAAUUUUUAAUGAAGCCACACAUUGCAAAUUAUUUUCUAAAUCUGUUGAUGUCAUACAUAUUCUUGAGCAUUAUCGUCAAGGUGGACAUCUUCAACCAACAACUUUAUUUGCUUCAUUCAAUAUCGAUGAUCUCUGUACGAAAUUUUCUCAUUCCCAUGCUAUCAAUGCAUUGGAACGUUUCCUACACUCUUAUAUAUCGGAUAAUCAAGUUCAACAUAUGACCAUUGGUACCAUUCUUCAAUUGGUUCGUCUCGUUCUUGAUAAUCAAUAUUUUGUCUAUGAUAAUAAAUUGUAUCGACAAAUUGCGGGUGGUGCGUCUGGUUCACCAUUGACUAUUCCAUUGGUUUAUAUCU